AUGUUUGGAAAUGCCGCAAGUCUGAGGAGUCACAGACCAGAGAAGUACGGGAGGAUAGCUCGAUCCCUUGGUUUGCCUGCCGAUUCAAGUUGGAAGGAUAUUCUCGAGAGAAGCCAGGUUGGCAAGGCCAAGCCCAAGGUAGGGCCUCACGUUAUAUCGACAGGGCCAUGCAAACAAACCAAGAUCUUUGGUGAUGAGAUCGAUUUAAACAAGCUUCCAGCACCAAUGCUGCACCAGGCAGAUGGAGGGAAAUAUCUACAGACAUAUGGAGUCCAUAUCCUUCAAGCUCCUGACGCAUCAUGGACAAAUUGGUCCAUCUUCCGCGGAAUGAUCCAUGACAGCAGACGUCUAGUAUGCUUGGUUGGAAGUGGCCAGCAUAACUCCAUCAUCAGGGACAAGUGGCUCAAGGAGGGAGCAACGGAGAUUCCGUGGGCCUUGGCAAUGGGUGUUCCGCCAGCAGUUAGUCUAGCGGCCGCAUGCCCUAUUCCAGAGGGCGUAUCCGAAGGUGAAUACGUUGGCGCGCUCGUGGGCGAGCCUCUUGAGAACAUUUCUCUUGAGGACAAAGCCUACGAAGGUCCAUUUGAAGAUUAUUUAGGACUUCACUUUGACGACGACGACAAACAUCUACAGCCCCUUUUCACUGUCAAUGCAAUUACCUAUCGAGAUGACGCGAUAUUGCCUGUUUCUGUUCCUGGAAGAAUCUCUGACGAGUCUCACACGACAGCAUCGCUUGCAUCGGAAGAAUUUCUGGAACUCUGCAAGGAACAUAAUCUUCCAGUGAUAGAUCCUUUUGCACCUCUCGAAAUGCAUGCUACCUGGUGCGCUCUUAAGAUAGACACUAAUAGGCUUGCCAAAGAGAAAACGAAUUCUCAAGACUUCUGUAGCAAACUUGGGCAAAUUGCUUUCAACGACAAAAGCUGCAUGCUUAUCAAUCGAAUUUUGUUAUUUGGACAUGAUGUGGACAUACGUCAGUUUGAUGAUAUUAUUUGGGCUUUGGUUACGCGCUGCCGCCCAGGCCGGGAUGAAUAUGUAUUUGAAGAUGUGCCUGGCUUUCCCCUUACUCCGUACAUGUCGCAUGGCAGCGGGGACGCAAGGAGAGGGGGCAAGGCUAUCUCUGACUGUUUAUUCCCAAUGGAAUACAAAGGAAAGCGGGCUUUCAGCGGCGUCGACUUUGAGAAAAGCUACCCCAAGGAAAUAAAGGAUAAGGUGAGAGCCAACUGGUCUGCCAUGGGGUUUGAAUCUUUGUAG